AUGAGCCACCAGCAACAGCCUCCUCCACCCCCUCAGCCACCACCCCCUGUAUUCUUCCCCUCCCUCUAUGACCGUACUACCCAAAGCACUAACCUAACUGAUUGUGCUCUCUGGCGGAAGCUUUUUGUGCCCUUGCGAGGGGGGGACGCAGCAGCACCAGCUGGGCCUCAACGCCCUCCACCUGGGCUUGGGUUAUUUCCACUCACAAGUGAACGUUGUUGCCCUCCUCCCUGGCCAGCUGGCCUGGCUCCCAUUCCUUAUGAGCCUUUGCGCUUCUUCUGUCCUGCUUCAGAGAGCACUGAGGCACACCAGCAACCUCACCCAGAUGGGGAAAUCUGUGAGCUUGGCAUCCGUCUGAAAGAGUUGGAACUGCUGGCUCUCACAGGAGAUGGCUCUGACCCACAGCAGUAUAAGCUUCUGAAGGCACUGAAAGAUGAAAAGACACAAGAUGAAAUGACAAGACUGACCCUGAAGAAACAUUCACCUAUAUCAUGA